GCCGCGACAGCAAAUGAUAUCGCGGCGUUGCUGAACCCUGAACAGGCGCCAUGCAGCACUCGGCAGCCACUCCGACGCAGACCGCCGCCCCUUUCUUUUCGUCGCUUUUUGGCGGCGGCGGCGGCACCAUCAACAAUCAGGACUCCAAAGCCGAACGGAACGCUCCAUCAUCACCAACUGGCAAAUUGCAACGACCGACUACCUCCGGCGAAGACGUUGCUGGCGACAGUCCCAGGCAGAAACUGUUGCAGAAGGACCGGAAACCCUCGUUUGGCCGCAAACCAUCAUUCUUUUCGACAUCGCCAGGGAAGAGGAAGUUCUCAAACACCGGGCCACCAGUCGAUGGCUACUGGGCUGCCCUCGCUGGUAAUGCGCGUCGACCCUCGGGCACCAUCCAAUUCUCCGACAAUACCGCGCUUCAACUCCCCGACCCCUCCCCCAGGACCGGCGACGGUUUCUCCAAGAUGCUCAGCCGGGGCGCCGUGACGCCGGUAUCCGGCUACCCCGUUGGCAUGUCAGUCUCGGGCUCUAUGCUUAGCGGCGGCAGUGGUGCGCAACCAAGCGAGCUGGGGGCCGUCCACCACCAGAUACAAGAGACGGCCAACAAGAGGAUAUCAACGUUGGAGUACCUGCGCAAAGCCCACGAAGGGCGCAUCUACUGGUUCAACACGCUGCUCUUCGACAAGCCCGACCUACAGCGCAUGGCGUACUUCGACCCACGCAAGCUCGGCCGGCGCGCGACGAACUAUCUCUUGCUCGGCGUCUCGCUGCCCGCGGUGAUCGACCUCAACUCCAGCACGCCCGUCGAGUUCCUCCGCAGCCUCAACACCCUGCUCGCCGAAUUCGACACCUUCCAGCAAAUCCACUCGGAAAACGGCAUCGGCGCCACCUCGCUCACCCGAACCCGCAUCCCACAAAUGUUCCGCCGCGCCGCCGCGCCCGUCUCCAAGGGCAGGCGGAGCAGCAGCGCGGCCGGGCGCGACGGAGACAUGGGAGGAGGAGGAGGAGGCGGAGGAGGAGGCGGGUAUCCGCUGGAGCAAGUCGAGAGCAACACCGGCGCCGGCGCCACCUCCACCACCGUCUCCUCCUCUUUCAGUGGUGCGGCAGGGGACUUGGGCCCGCCCGCGGGAAGCGUGAUGGCGUUUGGCGCGAGCGAGGUGGAUUUGUUGCCGGGGGAGGAGUACACGUACCUGCUGACGCCCACACUACCGUUCGAGCCGGAUUUCUUCGAGACGUUCGCCACGCUGUGCGACGUGCUGAUUGACACGUACACGCGGCUGCUGAGCCUGCUGCCCACGCCGAGGGAUUGCACGGGCUCGGUGGCGGAGCUGUUCACCAAGGCGGACAGCAAGAUCAAGAAGCUGUUCAUCCAGGGCGUGGUGAGGGAGUUUGAGGAGUCUGGGCGGGCCGGGGUCAAGGCGGAGGUGGCGAAUGUGGGCAAGGUAGUUUUGGGUGGGUUGAUGUGAGAGCACUUGGGAAGAAGGCGAG